UUGGAACACAGAAAAAGUAGAAUAAGUGAGAAAGACCCAGGUGAGAAACAAGAUUCAGAAUGUGAAAAAGUUUCGAUUUUUAGUCUUCCAUUAUUAAAGCUUCUUCUCAAGUUUUAUGACACUGUUGAAGUGAAAGAGAGUGUUCAAAAGUUUUGACUUGACUAGUAAUAGAAGGUAGACAACAACAACAUCGUAUCAAGGAAAAUCUUUAAAAUUCGAUUUUGCAUAUAGUUAUUGUGUUUUAAAGAAAUAAAAAGUGUAGAUCAAGAGGAACCAACAAAACAGGUUGUGUUCAUUGUACAGAUAUGAAGAAGAAGAUUUAAGAGAGAUAAAUAGAAAAAGAUUUAGUGUUGGUGAUGGGUCUUCAAUUGAAGAUGCAGACUCAGCAACACCCUUUGGAUUUGAAGUUACAUGAACAAAAUGGGAACAAAAGAAAAUACACAUUUAUUCAGGCACAUAGAGCUUGGCUUCUUAAGUUUUUGUUGCUAUGGAUUCUUCUGAUGGCUAUAAUUGGUUGGUGCAUCUAUAGCAAAAUGGAUGCUGAUACUAAAGUGAGAAGGAAAGAGAUUUUGGGUAGUCUUUGUGAUCAAAGGGCUAGAAUGUUGCAAGAUCAAUUCAGUGUUAGUGUUAACCAUGUUCAUGCUCUUGCCAUCCUUGUUUCAACUUUUCAUUAUUACAGAAACCCUUCGGCUAUUGACCAGGAAUCAUUUGCAGAAUAUACUGCUAGGACUGCGUUUGAAAGGCCAUUACUGAGUGGAGUGGCCUAUGCACAGAGAGUUGUUAACUAUGAAAGAGACAGAUUUGAGAAGCAACAUGGAUGGGUUAUAAAGACAAUGGAAAGAGAGGCUUCACAGGUUAGGGAUGAGUAUGCGCCGGUCAUAUUUGCUCAGGAAACUGUCUCUUACCUUGAGUCUAUCGAUAUGAUGUCGGGAGAGGAGGACCGAGAGAACAUUUUGAGAGCUAGGGCUACCGGGAAAGCUGUUCUGACUAGCCCUUUUAGGCUGUUGGGUUCACAUCAUCUUGGUGUGGUUUUAACAUUUCCUGUUUACAAAUAUAAGCUCCCUUCAAACCCAACAACAGAAGAGCUCAUUAAAGCGACCGCAGGAUAUAUCGGAGGACCCUUUGACGUCGAGUCUCUUGUGGAGAAUUUACUCAGUCAACUUGCUGGUCAUCAAGCAAUUUUGGUCAAUGUAUUCGAUAUAACAAACUCUACUGACCCGCUAAUCAUGUAUGGAAACCAAUACGAGGAAGGUGAUGUUUCUCUUGUCCACGAAAGUAAGCUUGAUUUUGGAGAUCCAUACAGGAAACAUCAAAUGAUAUGUAGGUAUCACCAGAAGGCACCGACAAAUUGGAUAGCGCUUACCACUGCAUUCCUAUUCUUUGUGAUUCUUUUAUUAGUAGGUUACAUUUUAUAUGGUGCCGGAAAGCAUAUUGUCAAAGUAGAGGACGAUUUCCACAAAAUGGAGGAACUAAAAGUGCAAGCAGAAGCCGCUCAUAUUGCCAAGUCACAGUUUCUAGCUACUGUCUCUCAUGAAAUUAGAACACCUAUGAAUGGCAUUUUAGGAAUGCUUGGUCUGCUUCUACGCACGGAAUUGAAUUCAACUCAACGGGAUUAUGCUCAGACAGCUCAAGCAUGUGGGAAGGCUCUCAUAGCAUUAAUAAACGAAGUGCUUGACCGAGCUAAAAUUGAAGCCGGAAAAUUAGAGCUGGAAGCAGUUCCUUUCGACCUUCGUUCCAUACUAGACGAUGUCCUCUCUCUUUUCUCAGAGAAAUCUAGACACAAAGGUUUAGAGCUGGCAGUGUUUGUUUCUGAUAAAGUUCCAGAUGUUGUUAUGGGAGAUCCUGGAAGAUUCAGACAAAUAGUAACAAAUCUUGUUGGCAACUCUGUUAAAUUUACUGAGCGAGGACAUAUAUUUGUCAAAGUCCAUUUAGCUGAAAAGAGAAAGUCAACAAUGAAUGGAAACAUCGAGACUUUUCUAAAUGGAGGAUCUGAAGAAAUUGUGCAUAAAUCUGGCAGUUAUAAUCUCAAAACCCUAAGUGGAUGCGAAGCAGCUGAUGAACGUAACAACUGGGAUAAUUUUAAGCAUCUAAUUGACGACGAAGAAUUUUUCUGCGAUGCUUCGACUAAAAAAGUUGCUUCUAAUGAAUUUUAUGAGCAAGUCACCUUGAUGGUGUGUGUGGAAGACACUGGAAUUGGAAUUCCUUUCUCGGCUCAAGAUAGGAUUUUCAUGCCUUUUGUGCAGGCUGACAGCUCAACUUCUCGAAACUACGGUGGUACUGGCAUUGGCUUGAGUAUCAGUAAGUGCUUGGUUGAACUAAUGGGUGGUCAGAUAAGUUUUAUAAGCCGGCCCCAAGUUGGAAGCACCUUUUCGUUUUCAGCGGAUUUCGGAAUAUUUAAGAAGAAUUCAAUAACCACCGACGUGAAGAAGCUUAAUUUCGAAGAUCUACCUUCUAGUUUUAGAGGUCUUAAAGCCAUUGUGGUUGAUGGAAAACCUGUUAGAGCUGCUGUGACUAGGUACCAUUUGAAGAGACUAGGGAUACAAGCUAAAGUCGCUAAUGCCGUCAAUAAGGCUGUUUCUCUAUGUGGGAAAAAUGGUUCUUUGACCACAGGAAUAUUCCAACCCGAUAUUAUUUUUGUUGAGAAGGAUUCGUGGGUUACUGGAGAAGACGGGAUCUUUGGUGUCCGGCAACUAGACUGGAAACAGAAUGGACAUAUAUUUAAGAUGCCUUCCCUGAUCCUUCUCACGACGAAUAUUAGUAACGAUGAGUUCGAUAAAGCUAAAUCGGCAGGUUUUAGCGAUACCGUGAUCAUGAAGCCGCUGAGAGCGAGUAUGGUUGGUGCUUGUCUUCAGCAAGUUUUGGGGACAGGCAAGAAAAGACAGCUAGGAAAGGACAUGCCUAAUGGUUCAACUACAGUUCGAAGCCUUCUUUAUGGAAAGAAAAUUUUAGUGGUUGAUGACAACAGGGUGAACCGUAGGGUGGCUGCUGGCGCGUUGAAGAAUUUCGGAGCUGAUGCGAAGUGUGCAGAUAGUGGCAAAGCUGCUCUUGAAAUGCUUCAAUUCCCUCACAAUUUUGAUGCUUGCUUCAUGGAUAUUCAAAUGCCGGAAAUGGACGGGUUCGAAGCAACUAGUCGAAUUCGAGAAAUGGAGAGGAAGGCAAAUGAGGAGAAGAAAAGGGAAGGAAAUGACACGAAAAGCGAGUUUCAUAUACCUAUAUUGGCGAUGACAGCCGAUGUAAUCCACGCAACAUAUGAAGCUUGUUUAGAAUGUGGUAUGGAUGGAUAUGUCUCAAAACCUUUUGAGGAAGAGAAUCUUUAUCAAGCAGUUGCAAAGUUUUUCAAAGCCAAGCCUAUUACCUCAAUAGACUCAUGACAGAAGAAGCAACUUAAUUAAUUUAAGCAUGUUCAUUCACUACUGGCAAUUUUUCAUAUUAUUAAUGCUUUCAUGCAGAGAGCAAUAAUAAAUAUGAUAUGAGGAUGGUUUCUUGAUACUCAAGUAUGAUGAUGCAGUUUUCAUUUCUAACCAACCUCAAGUUUGAUUGGACAUGAUUUAUAUACCUCAUAACUCUUCAUUCCUAUAGCUUUGUGUAUAGAUUCUCAAAAGGGAUGUGGAAAAUUAUGUAAAUUCAUUAUUUUUCUUAUGCAUCUUAAUACUUACUUCUUCCCUAUUAGAAAGGGUUUUUUCUAUUGUUAUUAAUUUUGUAUAAUUGCAUCUUAAGAUUUUGAAAAUGUUGAUAAUGUUUAUUUAGUGCUAA